CCUUCCCCGGCACGGGCGCGUUACUCAUUAACUGCGCGGCCCCGAGCACCCGACGCGGUGAGCUGGAGCCGAGUUACCUGGCGGCGGGCGAGCGCAGCCCGGAGCUGGGGCCCAGGUUUGCGGAGGGGGUGAAAAGAGAGUUCCCGAACAAGUCGGAAGCCAGUCGCAGCACUGGACGCCCCGAGGCAGUGGUGCGGAAUGGAGCGGUAGCUGUGGGCCAGGGGUUCUUUCGCGCCCCAGGCUCAGUAAGCGACGUGCGAGGCCCCAUGCCGAGGCGUAGAGGUCACCCUCGGGAGGUUUCGGCGAAACCUGGUGGUAAAGAGCGAGCGCCCAGAGUCGCGCUUUAGGAGGCAGCUCAGUUCAGCCGGACUUUUGUUUGGGGGAGUUGAGACGAGCUGCACAGACGUAAUUGUAAUGACACUGCCCGCCCAGCGUUGACAACUCGCCCCGACCGCCCAGCGAGCUUAAUGGCUCAAGAAGUGAUGAUGCUAGGUGGAAUCCGCAGCACGUGAAGAGUUGCCAGUUGUUAUGGGAUUAAAAAAACAUUUAUCUGUAAUGGCUAAAGGGUUAUCUUAUGAUGAGGCUUUUGCUAUGGCUAAUGACCCCUUGGAAGGCUUCCAUGAAGUAAACCUUGCUUCACCCACUUCUCCAGACCUUCUUGGUGUGUAUGAAUCUGGGACUCAGGAGCAGAACACCUCACCAAGUGUAAUCUACCGGCCGCAUCCUUCAGCUUUAUGCUCUACCCCUAUCCAGGCUAAUGCGUUAGAUGUUUCUGAACUUCCCACACAACCUGUGUAUUCAUCCCCCAGACGUUUAAAUUGUGCGGAAAUAUCUGGUAUCAGCAUUCAUGUUACAGACCCAGCACCUUGUUCUACCUCUGGAGUCACAGCUGGGUUAACUAAAUUAACUACAAGAAAGGACAACUGUAAUGCAGAGAGGGAGUUUUUACAGGGUGCUACUGUAACAGAGGCUUGUGAUGGCAAUGAUGAUAUUUUUGGGUUGAGUACUGAUAGUCUGUCCCGUUUACGAAGUCCAUCUGUUUUGGAAGUUAGAGAAAAGGGCUAUGAACGAUUAAAAGAAGAACUCGCAAAAGCUCAGAGGGUAAGAAAAAGAGAUAUUUUAUUUUUCCAUAUAUCACUUUUUCAGGAAGCUCAUAAAAUGGUGAGAGAAGCAAAUAUCAAGCAGGCAACAGCAGAAAAACAGCUAAAAGAAGCACAAGGAAAAGCUGAUUUAUCUCUGUAUAAUGAAUUCAGAUCUUGGAAGGAUGAGCCCACAAUGGACAGAACGUGUCCUUUCUUAGACAAAAUCUAUCAGGAAGAUAUCUUUCCAUGUUUAACAUUCUCAAAAAGUGAGGUCUAUGUCAAGCGAACUCAAGUGCGUUCUCAAAUAUUUUAUCUUAAAAAAUGUGCUCUCACUGGCCAGAGUAAAUCCUGUAAACACAGAAUUAAAUUAGGGGACUCAAGCAACUAUUAUUAUAUUUCUCCUUUUUGCAGAUACAGGAUCACUUCUGUAUGUAACUUUUUUACAUACAUUCGAUAUAUUCAGCAGGGACUCGUGAAACAGCAGGAUGUUGAUCAGAUGUUUUGGGAGGUUAUGCAGUUGAGGAAAGAGAUGUCAUUGGCAAAGCUGGGAUAUUUCAAAGAGGAACUCUGAUGCUCUCCGUGGGACCAUGCAUGAACCUCCCUGAAUAACUGAAAAAUAGCUGAAUAUUUUUAUGGUUACUUGAUAUUUCCAAGGAGUGGGCCCAAGACUUUAUCCCUUUUGCAAAUUACUCUAAGAAGCACUAUGAUUUCUUUAAACUGACUUACACUGUGUGUGCUUAUUCUUUAGUUGAACACACUAAGAAUUACAGGUGUACUAGUGAUUGUAAUUUAUAGUUGC